CAUCCAGGAAUGUCAAAAAAUGACAAGAAAGGGACAUUAAGUAGGAGACCAAUGGAAAUGCCAGUGAUGCAGGGUUCAGAUGAUGGUCUUCCUGACUGGUUUCAUGGAAUUAUGUCAAGUAGAGACUGUGAAGAGCUUCUGAAAAACAAGGAGAUAGGACAUUUCAUUAUCAGAUUAAGCCCGAGAACUUUUGGCUACGUUCUGUCAUACAAGGGGAAAGACAGAUGCCGACACUUUGUUAUAAACCAGUUGUCAAAUGGAGAAUUGGUCGUAUCGGGGGAUUCAUAUUCCCAUGAUAGUUUGCCUGGUUUGAUAGCUUAUUACCAAAAUACACCUAUUGAACCAUUUGGAGAGAAGCUGUCGCUAAAUUUUAUUAAGUUUUCAGAAAAUAACAAGUACGACAACAUUCAGGGACCAAAUUCAAAGGUCGAAAAAUCCCGACAUAACGCAGACAAUCCUAAGAAAAACCCACAUGGACAAAAGAAGAAAACUGUGGCUAAUGCACAGGACAUCGCACCACCAUUACCAGAGAGAAAUCGGUCACUAAAUACAGACGAUGAUGAUGAGCAAAUCUACGCAAAGCCUAAAAAAGAGACAAACGGAAAAACAUAUUCUCCAAGUAAUAACCCAGAUGUUUAUUAUUCCGCUCAGAAGGAUAUCGUAAAGACCAAUCCCCAAAAUGUGCUUUAUUCUGAGGUUAAAUUUGAUAAUAGUUUACCUUCUGCCCUGGGCCACCUGCAAGGCUCAUCACAAGAAGUGGACACUAGAAAAUCCAAGCUAAUGUCCAGCUUGAAUGAGCUUUCAGGAUGUGAGAUUCUGGAGAUGAGGUUUGCAACAUCUAUUCAGACAGCUAACAGUAAAACAUUAAGUGGUCAAUUCAUACAUACUGGGGCUGAAAGUCCCGGCAGCUCAUUUUUGUUUCCAGCUGAUAUAUCCCUCUCUGAAGGUGAAGACAUCUAUGCACAAAUACCAUUUAGAGACCCCCACUACAAAAAUGAAUACCAUACAGUGGACAAGAUAUCAAACUACUCUAUGCAAGCUACAAACACUGUUGAUCAUAUUUCCACACGGAUAUCCAAGGAGGUAACGUCUAGAGAAAUUAACAAGAAAGUGACCCAUGUAAGCACUGCACAAGACAAUCUGUAUGAAACUAUCUCAACCGAUUUCACCAAACUACCUGUGAGAAAACAGAAUGCUGCUAAGGUUGAAAAGCAAAAAAGAUUCCUUUUUGGGGACAAGAAAAAAUAACACCUUCAUCUGAAAUAAAAAAAAGUUUUGAGGAUAGAGGAUCCAGCCCCAGCAUCGAAGUGGCCCACCAGAGUACCAGAGAUUCCUCCAUGGGCCCAGGCUCUGAAACCUUAGUGGGCCUCUAAGCUCCUAGAUAAUAAAAAAAAAAGCAUUUGAAGCUGCCUUUGGAGCCAAUAACUUGCCACUAGGGUCUAUUUCUUUGAAUCAAAAUUUAUUAGACUGUAUUAAUGAUAUGAGGUUUGGACACUGAGAAUAAUUUCCUCUGGUGGGCCCAAAAACUCCAGUCUGACCCUGCACACUCCUACAUGUUUGUUUUUUACAUUUUACUUUUGAAGUUCUGGAGAUGAAUAUUUAAAAUAUGCACAGUUAGGAACUUCACUCAAGAAAACAAAAGAGCAGAGAAAUUACCAGUAUCAUAAUGAAAACCCAACAAACCCCAUUAUCGUCAGAGGGGUCUGUCCGGCAGCAUUGAUGUCCAUCAUCUAAAUCUGAUGUAUUGGCACUUCCAUCAUUUUUGCAGUUCUGCUCCUAUGAUGGAAAUGAUUAGACGUGUGGAAAAAAGUGUUGCUGUGCAUAUUGCUGUAGUUUAUGGUGCAUGUUGUUACAGUGUAAACACAGAGAAGAUAUGCCUUAUUAACUGAGUUUUCUGGGAGUUCAUCAAUAUCUGAUCUGUGGGGGUUCAUCUCCUGUCACCCAAUGGAUAAGAUGUUUAAAGAAGUCGUGGCAUCCUUACAGCUAACCAAGCACCGUGCUGUUUUUUUUGCAUAGCAGCUGUCUUUGGUAUUGCAGUCCAAGCCCAUGUAACCGAUGAACGUUACGUCACAGGCCUAGAAAGAGCAACAAUGCUCACCAGAGCACCACGGUCUCGUCAAACAGAUGAUUGGUGAGGGUGUUGGGAGUCUGACUCCUCACAAUCAGAUAUUGAUGACUUAUCCUGAGGAUAGAUCAUCAGUAUUGAAGUCCUGCAUAAUCCCUUUAACUACCUGCAUAUUGUCUCCAGAACAUUUCCACUUGGUACUGUACUGUACUCGGUAGUGACUGUAGAAGCAUAUUUGGUAUGAAAGUGCUGGGGUCUUAUAGAUAUGUCAGGUGCAUCAUACCCAUGAUGUCUAAGUCUUACAUAUUAUGCUUUGAGAUAGGCUUGAUUUAUUACUGUCAUUUAUUGAAUA